AUGUCAGUAGAAAUUGAUUGGGAUAAUAUCCGUGGGGAUUUAAGCGUUAAUCAAGGUGUGAAGGACUUUUUAAACUCUCGGCUACAAGAGUUUGAACUGCCCAGUUACGUGAAUAAUCUUAAGGUAACUAAUUUCGAUUUAGGUACUAUGCCUCCAAAUGUUAUAUUAAAACAGAUGGAUGAUCCUUUAGAUGAGUUUUAUUCUUAUCUGUUACAAGAAGGAGAUAUUUCAAAAGAAGCUGCGAAGGAUAAGAACACUGAUGUGCAACUAUUAGUGGAACUUGAUUAUAAAGGUGAUAUGAGCAUUGAAUUGUCAGCUGAUCUUGUUCUUAAUUACCCGAGCCCGCAGUUCAUGAUUUUACCAGUUAAGCUACGAAUAAGUGAUAUUGGCAUGCACUGCUUAUGCCUGCUCGCAUAUUUGAAGAAACAGCUUUUUAUUAGUUUCCUAUGUGAUGUUAGUGAUCCGCUAUUGGAGAAUGAUAAAUUACAGGUAGACCCCAGUGGACCAAAUUUCAUGGGGAAACGAGCAUUAGAGAGGAUUUCACUAAUUAGAAAUAUCAAAAUCCAUACGGAAUUGGGUCAGCUGGAUCAAGGCGAGGGAUCCGUGCUGAGAAGCGUAGGUAAACUCGAAGAGUUUUUGGUGGAUUUGUUCAGAAAUCUGAUCAGAAAGGAGGCGGCAUGGCCUAGUUGGAUAGAUUUGGAUUUCACCCCUGAAGACCCUGAGGACCCUGAGGAAGAAGGAAGAGAAAAUGACUUAGUAGCAGACUCAUCGAACGAUGGUAAAGAUAUAGAAAUGAAGAGCGGCACAGAAGAGACGCUUGGUGCGGGCAUCCAAGAAUCUGUUCAGCAUGUCUCGCCCGCAGUUACAUCAAUUGACCAAGAAUCAAGAGUGAACAGCAACACCUCAUUAGAAGAAUGA